CCACCACACCAACUCCCACACAACCGCCUACACCGAUACACGGCCCGCCUACCCACUCCUCCUGCUCUCCGUCCAGUUUCUACUGUCUACAAAGAUUGAUAGUGGCCACUGGAUGUGCCAAUAAGCCUAUUCUCAUCCAGGAUAAAUACCGAGCGCUGCACGUCCCACCCUAUCUGGCCAUCGCGAUUCAUGAUAUACCACAGCACGCACACAGAUCCUUAGAUUUCGUUCCACCCUUCAUCCUCCACGAUUCCACAUGGAGAGUGAGACUACAGAGAAUACAACGGUGCGGACAGGCUUUAUAAAGAGACCUGAGAAUACAACGGUUAUUAUCCGUGCGGGGUACUCUGUUAUUUGCGACAUUAAGGACCGCCCGGGUGUGGUGCUCAAGGUACCUUUACCCUUCGAGGAGUAUGCGCAAGCUAUGGAGAUUGAAAAGCAUGUGUAUCGCCGCCUAGGGAAGCACCCAAACCUACCUAAUGUUAUGAGCGUGGAUGAGUAUGGCAUUUACCUCGAACGAGCGGAGCCUGGGUGCCUCCGACUGUACUACAAGGAGGGAGGCAACGCCACACCCAAAGAGAGGAUUAAGUGGUGUCGAGACGUUGCCGAAGUACUCGACUAUGUCCAUCAGAACAACAUCCGCCACGCUGACCUAUCUGGGAAGAAUUUGUUAAUAGAUUCGGCACGGAAUAUUCUUCUCUGCGAUUUUGGUGGCUCUUCUAUCGACGACGACCAGGCAGAAGUUGUUGCCGAAAUUGGUUUCCGACAUCCUGAUGAGCGAGAAUACCGCCCACCUACGAUCCGCGCCGAAAUUCACGCCCUUGGAUCAACCAUCUACGAGAUCGUGACAGGCAGGAAACCUUUUCACGAGAAAACGGAAGAACAGGAGCGUGAGGUCAAGGAACUUAUGAAGGAGGGAAAGUAUCCUGACGUGAGUGCACUUCCGCUCGGGGAUGUGAUAGCCAAGUGUUGGAAACGCGAGGGCUACUUCAAUUCUGCGGCUGAUGUGGCUAAAGAGAUUACCUGUUCUGCUCCAAGAUAUCUCGCCCAAAUAUGGCCUAGUCUUCCCCUUGCCAGAGACUCGUCUGGUUGUUCCUCUGACAAAGACCUGUCCAAUCAUUCCUCUGGCAAGAACUCGUCCAACCGUUUGUCCGAAUCGAUGGCGAACUAAACUAGGGACGAUUGGUUAGAUGACGCGGUGAUGCGGGUGUAUGACUUCAGGUCAGCCGCUCGGCGGGUAAAGAC